AUGGGAUAGUAGCUGAACCGACUGAAGUUUAAAAAGAGUAUGCUAGAAGACAAAGAUCCUUAGAUCACUUUCGGAGAUAUGAUAACCAAAGCCAAGGGAGGAGAUCUAAUUUUAAUAUAGGAUUAAGUAUAUUUCGAUAAUUACACAAUGAUGAAUUCAUAAGAGUCUCAUCUGAUGAAGUAAUUAGUGAGAUUUAAAUGCAGAGAGAGUCCUCCAGUUUCAUAAAAGUUAUGGUCUAGGUUAGGCAUAGUUGUUGAUACCGAGAUUGAAGACGUCAAAUAUUUACUUGAGAUUACUGGAUAAGGAUUCAAAUAAUACGAGUUCAUAUCAAGAAUGAUGUAUUACAAAAAUGAAAAUCAAGUUGUUGCUAUUCAAUUCUAUAACCAUGCAGCUUCUGAAGAAGUGUAGAAUAAUUUGAUAAAUAUAGCUAAGUAUUUAAGUGGAAAACAGUGGAAGCAGAUUUUUAAUACAGACAGUAAUAAGGAAAAGGCUUAUGUCUAAUUAGUAAAGAGAGGCUUUAAGCAUACCAAUACAAUUCUCAAAAAAAUUUCUGUUGAUAGCUUUAUAAGUCAAUAGCUUUACCAAAUAUUUUUACUCUUCACUAAGAACUCUGAAGAUGACGAUAUUAAUUUGAUUGAAAAGUAGAUUCAAUUCGCAGAUUUGGGAAACUACAUAAGUUUCUUGAUGAUUAAUUAGGACGAAAGAGAGAUGAAAAUCUAAAUGAUUUGUGAUUAAAUUGAACCAUUGUUAAAGCAGUAUAAAAAUUCGCAUAAUUAAAACAGAGGUUUGCCGUUCGAGGCCUUUUUACAAAUUUUAAGUAAAGUUGAUGUCCUAAUGGAAUUAGAAUUAACUUCAAAAGAGAGGAUAAGUGUAUUGUCUGCUUAAGUUGCUAUUGAAAUUCUUUUGGAGGCUGGGUUCUUCCUAAAUCAAGAUAUGAUUUAUGAGGCAGAAGACUGUAAUGACAUUGAUGAAAGAAAAAGUCCUUUUAAAGAGGUAUAUAUACUGACGAAAGUAAUAAUAAGUCAAAGCUUAUUUUGA